AUGGAAGAGGUUUCAGACUCUGAGGAGGCCCCACAGAAGACAGGGGUGCACCCUGAUGUAGAGUCCACUAGGGACGAAGUCAAAGAGACGCAGCAAGCAGAACACGAGCUCUUGGAAAGAGGCACAGAAGGGGCGGGAGCGCCCGCUAACCCGUUUGGCGAGGGUGUAAAGCGGCUAUGGUGGCGAGAGGCUGGUGAGGCCGCAGAGUUUGAUAGACUUGUUUCGUCGAUCGCUCAAAGAAUGGAGUGGUAUCUUCAGUAA